CACGUGCCCCGGCAGAACGUGCUGGCCGGAGCGCUCUUCGGGCCGUGGACCGGGCUGGCGCUGUGCUCGGCCCUGGCGUCCGUGGGAGCGACCUGCUGCUACUUGCUCUCCGGAGCCUUCGGCAAGCGCUUCGUCAUCUACUGCUUCCCCGACAAGGUGGCUCUGCUGCAAAGAAAGGUAGAAGAGAACAGGAGCUGCUUAUUUUUCUUCUUGUUGUUCCUGAGGCUGUUUCCUAUGACACCAAACUGGUUUCUCAAUCUCUCAGCUCCCAUUUUAAACAUCCCUGUGUCCCAGUUCUUCUUCUCCGUUCUCAUCGGUCUUACACCAUAUAAUUUCAUCUGUGUGCAGACAGGAGCCAUUCUGUCACAAAUCACCUCUUUGGAUGCCAUUUUCUCCUGGGACACUCUGCUCAAACUGCUUGCCAUGGCCGUGGCAGCACUGAUACCAGGGACCCUCAUCAAGAAGUACAGCAAGAAGCACUUGAAGCUUGAAGACGAGCAUGCUCUGUUACUUAAUGGCAAAAAGAGCUUGUGAUGGCUUGGGUGCCCCAGAUGUUGGGGGACUGCCUCGCAAAAGCUGCAGGUCUCCAUUCCUGUGGGUUAUGUUCUGCAUGCUCUGUGCCACCGUGGACCAUGGACAGCUGCGGUUUUUAAUUAUUCUUCUCGUCUAAGAGGAGGUGUAAGGGUUUUAUUUUUAAUGAAUGUUUAACUGUGCAUGUAUCUGCACGGA